ACUUAGAACAGUUAUUAGUGAAAGUGUUUAGCUGGUUUUAAAAGAUUUCUUUUUAUUCAUAAUAUUAUGUUGGAGGCCUGGGGUUGGAAGAGAUAGCCUUUGGUCCCGACACUCACUAAUGGAGUCAGACUCCUGUACAAAGAGCAAACAGAUAACAGAAAAACCAGGCCGUAUGCAGAGACAUAAUCGAAAUGAAUUCAAAGUUGUUUUAGCAGGGCUAUAUUCUUAUGAGGUUAAAUAGAGAGAAUGAGAGAGUAUCCAGAUUUUAUUUGUUUUCAGCCCAUAUUACAGGCAUUAGCAGAGCAUAAGGAUCUAAAAAUGACCAAUUUCCCCUUUUUUCUAUUUCUGUGUCAAUAAAUUAUUGGAGCAAGGAAUUCUGUCCAAAUCAAUGAACUACUGAAACGGACACGACACUGAAACACAUAGUUCGAAAGAAUCGUUGCGGUACGCUGAAUCGAACUUAGCGUCGCUCAUAGAAACUUCAAAAAUGAUUCGGUUUGAAGUUGUGAAUCAUUUUAUUGAAUAAGGAACCGGUUCAAAAGAACAAUUCACUCACGAGUCAAAAAGAACGCGCUUCGGUUGUAGUUGAGUACGUCAGUUGAUGCGCGAGCCUUUCAAAUAAAUUCCCGAAAAUUCGACAACUGUGAGAUCUGUUGAAUUUCAGGGAUGGCUGAGGCGCAUCAGGCGGUAGCGUUCCAGUUCACUAUAACACCCGAGGGAAUAGAUCUGCAGCUCUCUCAUGAGGCACUCAGACAAGUCUACCUCUCUGGUCUCCGCUCCUGGAAGAAACGUGUCGUACGCUUAAAGAACAAUGUAAUAACAGGUGUGUAUCCUGCAAGCCCUUCCUCCUGGCUGUUCGUUGUUAUAGCAAUCCUGGCUACCAUGUACACACGCUCGGAUCCCUCCAUGGGGCUCAUUGCGAAAAUUCAGGAACACCUGCCUGCCAGUGGCUCUCUGAGUUUGCAGUGUCAGACAGUCGUUUCUGCUGUGGUGUUCAGUACUAUGCUAUGGCUUUCUCUUAUCUUCACUAUGAAGCUAUGUCUGAAGCAGCUCCUCUCUUACCACGGCUGGAUGUUUGAACAACGUGGCAAUGUGUCCAACACCACAAAAGUCUGGAUGAUGUUGGUGAGGAUCUUCUCCGGUCGGCAGCCUCUGCUCUAUAGCUAUCAGGGCUCUCUGCCCAAUCUGCCAGUACCUGCCGUCAAAGACACCGUCAGGAGGUAUUUGGAGUCUAUUCGCCCACUGAAGAGUGAUUCUGAGUUUGAGAGGGUGAACACUCUAGCUAAAGAGUUUGAGGUCAGUCUAGGGAACCGACUGCAGUGGUACCUCAAGCUCAAGGCCAUGUGGGCCUCCAACUAUGUGAGUGACUGGUGGGAGGAGUACAUCUACCUAAGGGGACGAGGUCCUAUCAUGGUGAACAGCAACUACUAUGGCAUGGACUUCAUGUAUGCAACACCAACACCAAUCCAGGCCGCGAGAGCGGGGAACAUCCUGCAUGCUGUCAUGAUGUACCGCAGGAAACUAAAUAAAGAGGAAAUCAAACCUAGUCGUAUUCCUGGUACUUUCAUUCCUCUGUGUUCAGCUCAGUGUGAGAGGAUUUUCAACACCACACGCAUUCCAGGAGAGGAGACCGACACAGUGGUACACUGGAAGGACAGCGAGUAUGUGGCAGUAUACCAUAGGGGUCGCUAUUUCCGUCUGUGGCUUUACCAGGCCGGCCGGAUGCUCUCUCCACGGGAGAUAGAAUACCAGAUCCAGCGUAUCCUUGACGACCCGUCCACCCCAGCGCCAGGAGAGGAAAAACUGGGAGCGUUCACUGCAGGGGACAGAAUUCCAUGGGCUCAGGCCAGAAAGGAGUUCUUCAGCUCUGGGGUGAAUAAGAGAUCUCUGGAUUGCAUUGAGAAAGCUGCAUUCUUUGUUACCCUGGAACAUGAUGAACUAGUUAAGAAGGGAGAUGAUCCGGAUGCUACACUUGAUCAUUAUGCCAAGUCUCUCCUACAUGGAAAAUGUUAUGACAGGUGGUUUGAUAAGUCGUUUUCAGUGGUGAUGUAUAAGAAUGGAAAGAACGGCCUGAAUGCUGAACACUCGUGGGCAGACGCUCCUAUCGUUUCCCGUAUGUGGGAGUAUGUCCUGGCUACAGAUUGUUUCCAGUUAGGCUACAACGAAGAGGGACAUUGCAAAGGUGAUGUGAACCCUUCACUUCCCCGACCACAGAGACUAACAUGGGACAUUCCUUCACAGUGCCAGGAGCGUCUGGCUCAGUCUCUGUCCGUAGCACAGGUGCUGGCAGAUGAUGUUGACUUCCAUGUGUUUGCAUUCCACGACUUCGGCAAAGGCAGCAUCAAAAAGGCCAAAAUGAGCCCUGAUGGCUUCGUCCAAUUAGCGCUGCAGCUAGCUUUCUACAGGGACAGGGGAAUGUUCUGCCUGACAUAUGAGGCAUCUAUGACCCGUCUGUUCCGUGAGGGCAGAACCGAGACGGUGCGCUCCUGUUCAAGCGAGAGCUGUGAAUUCCUCAGAGCUUUUGAGAACGGAGAGGAUGUGGAAGUGUGUAGGCGUUUGUGCCAAAGUGCGUCUGAGAAGCAUCAGCAGCUGUACCGGCUGGCCAUGACAGGCGCAGGUAUAGACAGACACCUCUUCUGCCUCUACAUCGUUUCCAAGUACCUGGGCAUAGAGUCACCCUUCCUUAAAGAGGUGUUUUCUGAGCCCUGGCGUCUUUCCACCAGUCAGACUCCAGUGCAGCAUUUGGAAAUGUUUGACUUUGUUAACUAUCCAGAAUACCUAACCUGUGGUGGAGGAUUCGGACCCGUUGCUGAUGAUGGCUAUGGUGUAUCCUACUCCUUAAUUGGAGAGGAUAUCAUCACUUUUCAUGUCUCUAGCAAACAUUCGUGCCCGCAAACUGACUCUCAUAAGUUUGGGAAGCAGAUCAGGAAGGCUCUGGGGGAUCUUUUGCAGCUUAUGACCGUCAACCAAAAAGAAGCAUCCCGAAGCGAGCAGAACCACAGCCCAAAACCCCAGAGCAAGAAGGAGUUGUAGGAUGAGAGAGGAGUGAUGGCGGCGGUGGAUUUUGGGUGUUUCGGGGCACUGUUGGUUAGGGCUUGUUGGCGUGUUUCAGGGGGUUGACAUCAUGCAAGGCACUAAAAAUGUACAAAUAGAUUUUAGGGAUUGAUAGGUUGUCCUUUUUGUUUGUUUUUUUUUUGUGUGUGUGUGUGUGUGUGUGUGUGUGUGUGUGUGUGUGUGUGUGUGUGUGUGUGUGUGUGUGUGUGUGUGUGUGUGUGUUACAAAAAAACAAAAGACCACCAGAGGUGGGGUAGAACCACUGAUUGGUACUGAAACAAUAAUGGCUGAGCCAUUAUUGGCAAAACAAAUUUAGUAACUAGACAGGGUGCUACUAGACUGCAAGGAAUGGUAGCAGAAGCAGAAAGCAAAGUGAUUGUUCAUGUUCUAAAGGCCUUAAACGUGCAGGGGGUAGGAAUAAACAAGUAUAAAGGGGUCUUUUGCAUGUAUUGUCCACAGUUGCAACAAUUGAUUUGGCCUGACCUGAUGUAAUCUCCAAUCCCCCAUGUGGUCAGUGUGCGUGUGGCAUAUGUAACAAACUCAUCUAUAUAGCAUUUUAUAUGAAUGUAACAAGUUGCCAGUCUUGACAGGAAUCUAAUGCUAUCAAAAGCAAAUUCAGUGAGAUGUGUUAGUUAAGGACAGCUUUUUGUUACAGCUUUUAUCAUUUCAACAUAGUGUUUGCCCCCUGCAUUUGUAAGACCCCUUCUUAGAUCCAGACAAGGAUUAGAAAUGAAUUCUGAGUUGUGAAUCCAUAUUCACUGCCUUCUACCAUGGAUUUAAAAUCAAAAGGGCAACAUUUUGUCACUUUGCAUUGCUGCAUAUUAUUGUUUCUCCAGUGGCCACAUGGCAUACAAUAGGAAGUAACCUGUUUUUUUUCCCCUUAGUAUUUUAAAAAGCCUUUUUUCAGUUUACAGACCAGUCUGAACCUUGGACUUGGUACACUUUAUGAUGUCCCAGACCUACUUCAGUAAAUACAUUGUAAAGGACAAUCUUAGUCAAGCUGCUCUUGUAAAACAAACUAUCACAAUGUUAAGCCACCUCACACUGCUCCAUAAAAAAGCAGCAUAUAGAAUGUUAAUAACGUAUCAAUAAAAUAAUCACUAGAAAUGUUUUGGGACUUGUAUCAAGGUCUCAGGCUGGUCAUUAGGCUGAGAAAAUGACCUUGUGUUCCAGCAGUGCCGGGCCACAUGCCCAGGUUACAUAUUGGUCGUGUGGCGGAGCUGGUCACGCAACGCAUUAAUGCAUGACUGAAGCCAAUUUCUGAACUGCUGGUGGCCUCGUUAUUGAACUACAUUGAUUAGUCUCACAUAAAGGAAAAGUUCAGAAAUGCUUCUUCAGAUAACUUCAACAGUAAGAGACUGUGGAUUGGACCUUACAUCCAGAUGUGAACCAAUCAGGAGUUUUCAGUCUUUUUCAAGUUUUAAAGCUAAAGUUAGCAAAUUCUGUCUUUAGCUUUGCAUAGAAUUUCUAUGGAAACUCGUUUCCACAAAAGGCCAUAUAGUAUGUUAUAAUUAUGAAAGUUAACUUGAGAUACCAAGUUGUUUAUGAGAUAACAGGAUAUAAUUAUGAUAUACUACGUUAAUAAUUGAGAUGCUAAGUCAAAACUAUGGGAAACCCCCAUGUCAUGAGAUUUCAUUAUUAUGAGAUGGCAAAUGAUAAUUAUGAGAUAGUAUCUCAUUAUUAUGAGAUAGGAAGUCACAAUUAUGGGCAAUUAUUUUUACAGUGGUAAAACGGGCUUCGAUAGUUAUCAAUAUCCUGCAGCUGUGGGAUAAUAACUGUGCAAGCAUCUCGACAGUUUAGAGUCAUCACAGAGAAACAAACUCCACCAUGAAUGAUGAUAAUAAAAAAAAAUAGGUAGUUGUGCUAUGGCACUUAGAAAUAAGUGACCCAAAUCUAAUAGGGUAGAAAUGCAAGGGUCACAUGAAAAAAUUAAUGUGCAUAACACCAUAUUUAAGUAUAAUUUUACUGUAACCAAGGAAAAUGUCAUGCCUGAAGGGAAAAUGCUUAUGCAGUCUGAGGGCUGCUGCUAUCUCAGUGACGGCAUGAUGUAGUUUCACUGCUGUGGAGCUGCCUUGGAGAUGUAGGGUAACUAUGGCAAUGUCAAUGCAACAUUCAGACAGCUGGAAGUAAAUUUGUGAGGUAGGAGAUUCGGUCAGAUGAAGGUGUGGAAUCAAACAUGAGCCAGAAUGUUAAAACACUGCUCGAUGAGACUGAGAUCCUGUCUUUCACAAUUGUACUAUUAUACAGACAUAAAACAAGGGGUAUUUACUAUUACUAUUAUUAUUAUUAUUAUUAUUAUUGUUAAUAAUAAUAAACCUACAGCGAGUGCUGCUUUUUUGUUAUUCUAUAAAAAUAUGCAGAUUCUUAAUCAAAGAUCUGUUCAAGACAACCACAGUUUGAGCAGCAGAGCUGUUUUCUUACAUGUACUGUUAAUCUUUGUGCAGCAGCUCGUAUCAUCAGAGUGAUUUACCGAAGUUACGUAAGGAAAUUAGUUGGCCAGCGCUGAAGAGUUUAUAAUUUAUUCACAUACACCUGUGUUUCAUUACCUCCUUCACUCUUUAACUUAAUAACCACUUUAUGCAUUGAGUUCUGAUUGCUGUUACUGUGAUUAUCACUGUUGUGUUUUUAUUCUGUUACAUUAAAGCUGAAAUCGGAAAUCUAAGCCAAUCACUUAGGCAGAAGCCAGGUCACACUUUCAGUUUUUACGUUUACUUUUUAGCUCAUCUCUGCACUCAUCAGUCCAUCCAGUCUUUGGGCCAGUACUGUCCUGUAUCCUUGACGCUUAACUGCACAAAACGAACAUUAGUGUGUGAUUUUGUAAGCUUGUGUUCAGUUUGCCUUCUCUGCUUCUUCUUACUUUCUCUCCAGGCUUCUGUACAGCAGGGCUUUAAUCUUUCUCUCUUUGGUAUUACUCUAGCGCGCUUCUGUAUUUUAUACGUAACUGAAAAGAAGGAAAAAACUAUGAAACACUGAAAUCACUUUUUUUAAUAAAAGGAGAUUGAAGUACA